CUGUCUUUGUGCUGCAGCUACGUAAUACAUGUACCAAACUUCGAUCGCCCUGAUUAUGCCUUUCGCCGCUGCAAUGGCACGCAGGUUGGAACGUGAAGUGUGUCAGUUGCUCUGGGAGUCAAGCGCGUACGGUGAAUGAUUCGUGCCAGUGAACUUGAAGUAGUCCGUGGAUUGACCGUCACAUACAUACACAGGAUGGCUACGACCGAGGAAGCACUGAGCUUGUCCGCAUCCCCAUCGGCUGCGAACGGGACCACAGAGGAGGAAAUCAGCACCGCUGUGCUGGUUUUCCGGACCCUGUUCAUCAUCUUUGAUUCGGUCUUCACCAUCGUUGGUAAUCCGUUCUGCAUCGUGGUCAUACGGCGGACCCAAACGCUCUCGGACAGCGCCAAGGUCUUCAUGAUCGCGCUGGCGGUUGCCGACCUCGCCGUGGGCGUCACCGCGGCGUUUUCCGUCGUGCCUGCCGCGAUUGGCGACUGGUUCUGGGGAAACUUGCUCUGUAAAGCCACCUCGGCUCUCGUGACGAUAUUCUGCCUUGCUUCGGUGUCUUUUCUGGUCUGUCUGUCCGUGGAUAGGAUGAUAGCCGUCACUAGAUCGCUCCACUACCCGGCUAUCAUGACCCAGAGACGAGCACUGAUCAUCUCCGUUGGCGUCUGGGUGGGAUCGGUGGUCAUCAUCGGCGGGUCGUGGGUAUUUAGCCCACCCGUCGAUUACAGCAACUUCUCCGUGACUUGCGCCUGGCACUGGGACGACAACUAUGUCGCCUUUGCCUCUGUCGUCUCAACCUGUUUCUUCAUCCUACCCUCCUCGGUGUUGUACAUCAUGUACUUGAUCAUGUUCAAAAUAAGUCGUAAGCACGCCAGGAGGAUAGCGAACCAAGCGCCUGCGAUACCCGCGGCAAGGGAAGCGGACGCACGGCCGCGCCCGCGGGCCCUGUCGGUACCGCACUGGCUCCAGGCCAACGCGGCGGCCAAUCCGCGUCAUCAGGGAGACCGCAAAGCCCUUAAGAUGUUCUGCGUGAUCACGUUAGCCUUCACGAUAGCUUGGUUGCCGUACAGCGUGUCUAUCUUGUACAUCAGUAUCCGAUCAGUACCCUUCCCGCAUUGGGUCGGAUUUCUCGUAACCUGGCUUGCGCUGUCCAACAGCUGGUUCAAUGUCAUCAUCUACGUGUGCAUGAACGGAGCUCUCCGUGAAACUGCCUUACGGAUCCUCAAGAAGCAGCGAUGGUGUUUCCGCCUUCCUCCCCGGUGCUGCCCAAUCAAGUCCAGGGAGGUAGUCCAGGCGCCUGCUCAGGACCAACAAGCCUUCAAUACUCUCGCUACGUGA